AUGUCAUGUCCCAUUGGAAGCGACGAUCAGUUUGGCCCUCGGGUCAUUAGCCAAUGUCGUCCAUUCGAUUUUACUCUUCUCUUUGAGGAUGCCAUAUUUGCAAUCCUGCCUGCGGGUUUAUUCUUAGUGCUGGCUGCUUUCCGAGCUACAGUGCUUAUUCGAGGCCCUGUCAAAGUGACUUCACAUCGUCUCGCCACAUGGAAACUGAUCGCCCUUGCGCAUUUGCUAGUCUUUCACAUCGUGCAACUAGCGUUUCAAGUCCAGACUUCUCUUUUGCAUACAAAGGCAUCACUGGCAGCGAGCCUUUUGCAAGUAUUUGCCGUAGCCAUAGCAGUGCUGCUCUCAUGGCUAGAGGACCAACGUUCCGUGAGGCCUGCCGAUUUGAUGAUUCUAUAUUUCUUUAUAUCAAGUGUCUUGGCGCUUCCUCGAACGAGAACCCUGUGGAUUCUAUCGCCAAUCGUGCACACCCAAGCGAUUCUAUGGACAUUAGUUACCGUCACCACUUUCCUGGUCCUGUGCUUAGAGUCUAUUCAUAAGACUCAAACAGUGCGGCUGGCUUAUCGCGAAUCAAGUAAGGAGAGCACAUCAAGCUUCUGGGUCCGAAGCUUCUUUAUCUGGGUAAUUCCACUGUUCCGGACUGGCUUCUCCACGAUCCUGUCAGUGCAUGAUAUGCCCGAUGUCGACCGUUCGCUACAAGGAGAUUCUGCAAAAGAAAGAUUGCAAAUUGCAUGGGCCAAAAGUGAGGCGAACUGA